AUUUGAAUUUAUAGAAAGAUUUGCGACCUUUUAUUUGUUAACCCUCUGUCAAAACGAACUUGAGUGUUGGCUUCCAUUCCAUGGCUGGGGCUAAACUUGUCCUUCUAACCCUCUGCUAUCUUCUAUACCCCAUUUUUGGCUUGGAGAACAUAACUUUAAGCUCGUCAUUAACUGCAAAUUACAAAAACUUAUCUUCAUGGCUUUCACCUUCUGGAGACUUUGCUUUCGGUUUCCAAAAACUCAAGAACACAAAUCUUUUCUUGCUUGCCAUCUGGUUUGAUCAAAUUCCUGAGAAAACUAUUAUUUGGUCUGCAAAUGGAGAUAAUGCAACGCAAGAAGGAUCCAGGCUCGAGCUUACAGCGAAAGGUCUUGUACUUACUGAUCCAAAUGGAGUACUAUUAUGGAAGACUGAGAUUGACCAGACUGAAAAUGUUUCCCAUGCUGCUAUUCUCAACACAGGAAACUUAGUUCUUGUUAGUAACUACUCCUCUUUUAACUUAUGGGAAAGCUUCAAAAAUCCUACAGACACAAUUUUACCUUCUCAAAUACUAGAAUCAGAAACUUCCUUGUAUUCUAGGCUAACAGAAACUGACUUCUCUAGAGGAAGGUUUGAGCUUUACUUCGAUAAUGGUGAUCUUAAGCUCGCUCCUCUUGCCUGGCCAACUAAAUCCAGGUACCCUUAUUAUUUUAGCAGUGGAACUUCUGCAAAUGGUUCCAAUUCUGGUAAUAAGCUUGUUUUCGAAGAUAUCUUCAUAGUAAAGGCAGAUGGACUGACUGCGCAACUCCAAUGGGUAACGCAAGAAUCUGUGGCUAGUGUAGCAGGAAACUACUAUCGCGCUACUCUUGAUUAUAAUGGAGUAUUAACGAAAUAUGUCUAUCCUAGAGGCUCUGUUGGCGAUCGAAGUUGGUCAAUCGCGCAAUACAUCCCUCUAGAUAUUUGCACUUCUAUAUUUAAUAACUACGGUAGUGGUGCUUGUGGGUAUAAUAGCUAUUGCAGUAUGAUAAACGGGAGGCCUAAUUGUACAUGCCCACCUGGGUAUUCAUUCAUGGAUGGAAAUAACUUGUUUGGCGGCUGCAAACCGAAUUUUCCUUUAGGGUGUGGAGUUGAGGAUGAAUCAGAGAAAAUGGAGGAGUUAUAUGAGAUAAAAGAGCUUCCAAAUGUGAAUUGGCCUCUCGGAGAUUAUGAACGCCUAGAACCUUACAGUGAAGCUGAGUGCAGAACUUCUUGCUUGCAAGAUUGUUCUUGUGCUGUUGCGAUUUAUGGUACACUUUGUUGGAAGAAAAGACUACCCCUUGGUAAUGGGAGAGUUGAAAUGGGAGCGAGCAAAGCUCUUGUCAAAAUCAGAAAAGGUGCUCCUCUGGAUUACCCUGGCCCUAUCUGCACAAACAAGAAACAAGGUAAGUGCUCCAUCCUUAUUGGUUCGCUCGCUAGCUCUGUUGUCUUUAAUGGAUUGCUCUUAAUCGUAGUUCCUCUAAUUCUUUUCCUGAAAUUCAAAAAGAAAUCAAACGGCGUAAUUCAAGUUUCAACCUUUUUAGAAACAAAUCUGCCUAUGUUUAGUUAUCAGGAACUUGAGGAAGCAACUGAUAACUUCAAAGAGGAGCUUGGUAGAGGUUCUUCUGCAAUUGUCUAUAAAGGAAACCUGAAAUUUGGUUCAAGUAACGUAGUUGCAAUCAAGAAAUUGGAUAAGUUGACUCAAGAAGCUGACAGGGAAUUUAGAACUGAAAUGAAAGCAAUUGGAAGGACAUGUCACAAGAAUCUUGUCCGGUUAGUUGGUUUCUGUGAAGAGGGAACUGGUCGCCUUUUGGUUUAUGAGUUCAUGACGAAUGGUACACUAGCAAAUUUUCUUCUUGGAGUUCCAAAACCAGGCUGGAAUACAAGGGCGAAAAUUGCCUUGGAGGUUGCAAAAGGGCUUGUGUAUUUGCACGAAGACUGUGAAACUCCGAUAAUUCAUUGCGACAUAAAGCCUGAAAAUAUACUCUUGGAUGAUUGCUUUACAGCAAGAAUUUCUGAUUUUGGGUUAGCAAAACUGUUAGCGUCUAAUCAGAGUCGAACUUUGACGAUAAUCAGAGGAACACGAGGAUAUGUGGCUCCAGAAUGGUUCAGAAAUGUAGCUGUUACAGCUAAAGUGGAUGUUUACAGUUACGGUGUGAUGUUGUUGGAGAUUAUUUGCUGCAGAAAGAAUGUACCGAAACGGGAAUCUGAAGAAGGAAUACUGACAGACUGGGUUUGCGAUUCUUUUAUGGAUGGGAGAGUAGAUGAUGUUGUUGCAUCUGAUGAGGAGAUUGUGGUUGAUAAAGACAGGCUGUACAGAUGGGUAGCCAUAGCAAUAUUGUGCAUUCAAGAAGAUCCUUCAAAAAGACCUUCGAUGAAAAUGGUUCUGCAAAUGUUAGAAGGAUAUGUUGAAGUACCCUUGCCCCCUCGGCGCCUUUUCAGCUCUAGUUUUUAAAAUUUUGAUUCUCUGUUCUCAUGAAGUUCAGAUCUAUCGCAGAAUGUUAAGUGUUUCCUUUUGUUUUUUCUUUUUUAAAGUAAAGGUUAACAACGUUAAUCAUAUAGUAGAGAUGCUAUAAAAUCUCGUAAGACCAUAUGAAUAAAGCCUGUGUCUGAUGUUUUCUCCUU